UUACAAGACAGAAUUUGAACCUCUCUCUGUUUCUCUCUCUCUCUCGCUGUCUCUUAUUCUCUUUCAACAUGGAAUUUGGAAAACAUGAACAAGGAAGCUCAGUAAACAAGAAUCUAGAGACACAGCGGACGGUCUCUUCGGGUGAGUCUGAAGCGAAACCUCUGAUCUUCACAUUUGUUCCCACGGUCAGAAGACUACCAACGCACUUUCAGUUGGCUGACGCCUCUAAAUUCCUUGUUAAAAUCCCUGAGGAAUCCAGUAAUAAGAAUGCAGAAACAAUAAAUAGGCCCAAUUCCAAUGACUACCUGACCUUCAAUACCGGAAGGCAACAGCAAACAGUUGAAGGGACAUUUACUUAUCCUCUAGAAAGCAGAGGAAAGCUUUCAAAAGGAAGAGCACUUAAAGGAAACAAAUCUCAAGGAAUGCAGCAAAGUGACCUCUUCAAAGCUGAGUAUGUCUUUAUUGUGGACUCUGAAGGGGAGGAUGAAGGCCCAAGCAGAAGAGGUGACCAAGGCUCCCCAGUGCAGAAGGGUUCUGGAGCUGUCCGACCCAAGUCUCUGGCCAUCUCUUCCGGUCUUGUCUCUGAUGUGGUGCGUCCGAAAACCCGGGGGCCGAAUCUCCAGACCUCCUCACUUUCUGAAACGCCUCAUGGAUUAGCCCCUCAGCAAAAGCAUGGGCAGUUUACUUCUUCUCCCACUACCUCUGAGCAGCUUGCCCGUAAACCACCUGCUUUCUCCUUUGUUUCUGCCACUAAUGAGAAAGCACAACCUGACCCAGUUAACCGCGGCUGCACCUCUGUCCUUGAGGAGUUGCAUACCAGGCGGCUGGAUGAUGGCAGUGGAGUUUUGAUGGAAGAAACAGCUACUUAUUUUCAAACUACUGCUCACUCUUUACCCUCUUUGGCAUCAAAAGGCAUCUCCUCGCCGUUAUCAUUUCCCCCUUCUACUCAGCUGCCAGGUUCUGAUUUAUCCCGUCCAAGGGCAGCUGAUCAGAAAUGGAUGCCUGAAGCUCUGAAGAAGACAACCUUGCUAACCUCCCAAGUUCUUGGCGCCAGAGGAAGUCUGAUUCCCUCUUCUCCUUCGCCUUCCUCCGAUACGUCUCCCAAACGGAAUCCAGCCUCCUACAUACCAGUUCGUAUCAUCACACACUCCCUCUCUCCGAGUCCCAAACCGUUCACCUCCUCCCUCCAUGGCUCCUCCUCCACACUCUGUAGCCAAAUCUCAUCUAGUGGAAAUCUCACAAAGUUAGGGGGGAAACCCCCAGUCCCUUCUCGACUUUCCCUUCUCACGGCCAUUCUGAAGUCAACCCCUUCACACCAGAGACCAUUUUCCCCUGCAUCGUGCCCCACCUUCUCUCUCAACUCUCUGGCCUCCUCCACCCUCACACUCGAUCAAAAAGUAAAGGAAACCCCACCCACACCGAAGAAAUCGCUCUCAAGUUGCUGUCUCAGUACAGGGACAGAGCAAGGGGGACACCAGGUUUCUGAAUCUACCCAGCAAUCCUUUCAGUUACCCAUUUUCACCAAAUCUACCCCACUUUCUCUGACACCCUCCCUUUCUCCUAUAAAGCCAACUCGUGGUAGCCCUAUUUUGUCCCGUGCAGAGAAAACACUAUCACCCACUUCUCUGAAGAGCAACGCAGCACCCUCCCUGCUACCAACCGAUCUGCUGAGCUCUGCCAAGCGUUUUCCUGCUCCACCAAGCGCUUCUCCUCUUUCUCCUUCGAAGAGCAAAGAGGAUGCGAACAUCAGGGAUCUGGAAGUACCCAGACCUCACACACAUCCUUCCACCCCAGCCUCCACGGCAUCCUCUUCUCUAUCUUCUCCUACUACCCGAAGAGCUACGCAAUACUCAGCAGAGAAAAGUUUCCAGCCGUCUCCAGCUCUCUCAAACAUGAUAAACAGAUCCAAGUCAGCAGAAUCACAGCUCUUUGGCCCACUGCAGAAGCCUGCAGCUUCUUCUGCACCCCCUAUUUCGAGUUCCAGUUCUGCCUCUCUUCCCAACUUGGGGUCUCUCCCUCUCCCUCCUGCUAAUCUGCCUGGCCAGGCCCUCCAGCUCAGCUCCUCAGCAGUGCAUCCCAUUUGUGGCGGCAGAACGUUGCCUUCAAGACCUGGGAGCUCUCAAAGCACAGUAUCUGGCCACACUCUAUGGGUUGCCACCCCAUCGCCUCCCAUCUCUUUCCCAAGAACCAAGGAGCUGAUUUCACCUUGUGCAUUAUCUAUGCCAACAGAUCCUGAAAAGAGGAAACCCAAGCAAUACAAGACCAAGUCAAGCUACAAGGCUUUUGCAGCAAUCCCUACAAACAUAUUUCUUUUGGAACAGAAGGCCCUAGAUGAGCCCGCCAAGAAUGAAAGUGUCUCCCAGGACAACUCAGGAGACGCACCUUGGGAGUUCUGUUUCCCUGCACAGCUCAGGCAGCAAACUGAAGAGCUCUGUGCUACCAUUGAUAAGGUCUUACAGGAUUCCUUGUCUAUGUAUUCUUCUGAGUCUCCGUCAAGGUCCCCACAGACGUUGGGUUCUGACACAAUCAAAAUUCCCACAACUCUUCCAAGAGCAGCCGGUCGGGAAACCAAAUACGCAAAUCUCUCCUCACCAUCUUCUGCAAUAUCUGAGAGCCAACUGACUAAGCCUGGAGUAAUUCGCCCAGUACCAGUAAAAUCCAAGAUAUUCCUGAAAAGAGAAGAAGAAGUCUUUGAACCUAAUCCUUUCAGUAAAUACUUGGAGGAUGAGAGCAACCUCUUUCCUGAUCAGGACGUGACAGUCCCUCACAAGACUGUUUCUCUCCAUCCUUUAUAUCAGACCAAACUCUAUCCUCCUGCUAAGUCCCUGCUGCAUCCUCAGAAUCUGCCCCAUGCUGACUGUCUUACCCCAGGACCAUUCAGUCAUUUGUCUUCCUUCUCACUGAGUGAUGAACAGAAUUCUCAUACUCUGUUCAGUCACAAUGCAUAUAAUAAGCCGAGUCAUCCCAUGGUGGCAAUCCCCGAACAUGAAACUCUCGAUUCCAAAGAGAAAUGAAGUUGGAGCAGAAACUACAAACCGGCUGCUGAAGUCUCUGGGGAUGCUGGUGCUAACCACUUGAUCUCACUUUUAUUUUUCUCUGAAUGAGUGAUCCCUUUACAAACUGCAAUGCAGCAGGGCAACUAAGCACAGAUAUCCUGCAGGCAAUGCCCUACUAACACCCAGCGUAGGAGAGACUCGCUGACAGUGUCCUGCACCACUGUUACAGCCUUAAUGUCUUCUGUUAAGCUGGUAGCAAUACUAAUGCACGCUUAUACUUAGCAGUCAAAUAAAGAGGAAUCAUGGGUAAA